AGAAGUGCAUUACAUUGAGCCAUUGGCGGAGCAACCAUAUCAUCUAACCUCGUCUUCAACAAGUGAAGCAUCUGUACAUCUCGGUGCUUGCUUCUCCGGCUAUGAGCUCUUCCCACCCACAGCCUCUGCCGUCCACUACCCAUGCAUCGCCAAUCCCGUCGGCCACGGCGCCUUCGUCCGGACACAACUGGAACCCAGACAGUGUAGGCACUCCGCCGAUUCCCCCGCCUCGCACCUCGUCUACCCAACGGGGUCACCACCACUCUGAGAGAAGUAAUGGGUCACGGCAUGCUAAGACUCGGACGGACGAGAGGAGGGAUCGCAGUGAUAAGGAACAAGGCGUGAAUGGACGUGAGGGCACCAUGGACGACAGCAGAGGUACUUCUUCCCGACACAGAGGCGCGCAGCCCUCCGAUGCUUCCACCCCGGCGACGCAGCCUACUGUGGAGAAAGAGUCGAGCACGGUUCUCGACCGGACGGUCAUUACCGAUCCGGCAGUAGACGUUGCGAGGGAGAAAGAACGCCAAUUGGAAGCAACUACUGCCUCUGGAAUCACUCCUGUCACUGGCCUAGGUUUAGUGGGCAGCGAGGGUGUUGACGAUGGGGGCCGCGGUGGACAUCGAAGCCGGCAUGACUACUCGAGCAACUCUUCGAAACGGCGAGAGACAUCAUUUGGGCAGUAUAUCUUAGGUCAGACUCUGGGUGAGGGUGAAUUCGGCAAAGUCAAACUUGGCUGGAAGAAAGAUGGCAGUAUCCAAGUCGCUAUCAAGCUGAUCAGGCGGGAGAGCUUGGGAUCUAAUCCCAGUAGACUUCCUAAGAUUUACCGGGAAAUCUCUAUCCUCCGUGACCUGUCCCAUCCCAACAUUGUCCGACUGCACGAGAUGGUAGAAACGGAUCGACACAUCGGUAUCAUCAUGGAGUAUGCUUCGGGCGGUGAGCUCUUCGAUCAUAUCUUAAACAACCGCUAUCUCAAGGAUAAUGCGGCCCGACGUCUUUUUGCCCAAUUGGUUUCUGGCGUCGGCUAUCUGCACAAAAAGGGCAUCGUUCACCGUGAUCUCAAAUUAGAAAAUUUGCUGCUGGACAGAAAUCGCAACAUCAUCAUCACUGAUUUUGGGUUCGCAAACACAUUCAACCCUACUGAUGAACUCGGGGAAGAGAUCGAAUACAAUCUGACAAACCGCGAAUUUGUGAAGCGGAUGCGUUUAGAUAAGGUGGACGCCAACGGGCUGCGACGAGGUGACCUCAUGCAGACGAGUUGUGGGAGUCCGUGUUAUGCGGCCCCCGAACUUGUGGUCAGCGAUUCACUUUACACCGGACGGAAGGUGGACGUGUGGAGUUGCGGAGUGAUCUUGUAUGCCAUGCUUGCUGGCUAUCUGCCGUUUGACGACGAUCCUGCGAACCCAGAGGGUGAUAACAUCAACUUGCUGUACAAAUACAUUGUUACCACGCCGCUGACCUUCCCCGAAUAUGUUACACCUCACGCGCGCGAUCUCUUGAGGCGGAUCCUCGUUCCUGAUCCGAGAAAGCGUGCUGACCUCUUUGAAGUGGCUCGUCACAGCUGGCUCAGCGAAUACUCGCAUAUUGUGUCUCACAUCACCAGCAAUACCACCAAUGUCUCUGAUAUUGCAAACACGACUGUACCUGCAGAAGACGCUGCAAUUGAGGCACCAGCGCUUACUCGCAGUGCUUCGGUCAGGGAGCCUCCGAAGAGUCACCAAGCAGCCUUACCCACCGUUGGCGGUCUCAAUCACCAGCAGGGCAAGAUUUCCCCUGAUCAACCCGCGGAGAGAUCUAAAACUCAGCGUGAUGCCAAGCGGAGAACGGUUCAGGUCGAAUACGUUGCGCCUCAGUCUCAGACGGCUCGCGGUGAAUCGUCAGCUGCGGGCGCCUCUGCUAACGCUAGCAGACCUUCCAGAGCUUCGGGGACCCGUGGGUAUGCAAAUCAGACAGCUCCUACAAGUUCGUCCCAGGACAUGCCUCCGUCUCAGAACGUGGCGGCCGAGUCUGCCGCGCGGGGUGACUAUUCUAAGACCUCCGCGGUCAAUCAAGGGGCACCCGAUAUUCCUCGGUCCAUGUCAGACUCAGCUGGAACCUUUAUUGGACACCAUGCUGCCGCCCCGCAGAACGCUCGUCCAACUACCGGUGGUUCGAUGAAUUCGAUCAAUGCUGGUAGACUGCCGUCUAGAGGAUCCUAUGGACAACCGGUCGCUCCCACUGUGGCAGCCACCAAUGCGCAGGGACGGCUGGCACAGCCUAAGAAUGGCAAGCAAUAUGUGAUAUCAAGCCCCAUCCCUCAGCAGCCCGGUCACGCCUCCACCAUGUCAAUUGGUCGCCCCAGUGCUCAAGAGCUACCGGCGAAGUUUAGCGGAGCCCUGGAACCGCCUAAGGGUCACAAGAGAUCUAACACCGUCACUGGAAUUGGUGAAAAGCUGUUCGGAAGGUCAGGUACCCUGUUUUCGGGUCGUACGUCGCAGGCUGGCGUUCCUCGGUCGAGGACAGGAAAACGCUACCCUCCAACGAGCAUGAAAGAACCCUUUUCCACUGACAGCUCAAGGGUGUCAACGGAUUCUCGUCGCUCGCUCUCGUAUGCUCUUGGACGCAAGCAAAGUGAGGGUAAUCAGGAGCCCAGGCCACGCCGCUUCUCUCUUCUUCCAGCAUCCUUCUCGUUGAAAGGAUUCGGCUCGGGAAGUAGAUCCCAGACUCCUGAAGGAGAGCCUCAGAUGACCCAAGUUCAAGAUCAUGUUCAAGAUCUCACUCAGUCCGUGGAUAGUUAUGGUCAGCACCGACCAUCAACCGGUCCCACGAAUGAUGGGCAACGAGAGCCGAGUUUCGGCACCCAUGAGUCUACCAGGAUCCAGGAAGGCCCAAGCGACGAUAUUUCAGCUCAAAUCGACCAGCAUUUUGCCACGCUCCAUGGUCAAGAGAGCCCGUAUCCAUAUGACUCCUACCCUAGCCCCUCUGCGGAUCAUGUCUAUGAAAACAGCCUCCAACAGCCGUACUCGAAUCAGCCGAGUCCUUUCCAGGAAGCGUACAACAGCAAUUACUCGGACCUAUCCAGGCCCUCGAUGCAGGCUGGCAGAUCUGGAAAGGGUAGCGUGCUGCUGAAGAAUAAUCGGAAAUUUGCCGAUGCGUACGAGUAUGAGAGAGACCUCUCACACCAUUCCGGUAGCUCAGGCGCAGCAAGGAAAGUCAUGGACUUCUUCCGACGACGAGGCAAGGCCAGAGUCGGCGAUGACAGGUGAUCUGACUUUUAGGGUCCAGAGCUCCUCUAUGUCUGCCCCAAGGUCUGGGAGGCUUUUGCGCCCUACAGCCAACACAUGCCCUUGAACCACCAAUUAUGCAAAAUUUAAUUGUUUCUCGCGCUG